AUGCCUCCCAAAAAGCAGGCCUCCAAGGCCGAGACCAAGCAGCAGAAGGGCGGCGACAAUGUCGACGAGGCUCCCCUCCAGGCGGUUGUCCUUGCUGACUCGUACAACCGCCGCUUUGAGGUGCUGUGUCUCGACCAGCCGCGCAUCCUCCUCCCUCUCUGUGGUGUUCCCCUGCUCGCCUGGACGCUCGAGUGCCUGAGCGCGAGCAAGGUCAAGCAGGUGUUCAUCUUCUGUGGUGUGCACGCCGACAAGAUUCGUGACUUUGUUGCCGAGUCGCCAUUCCAGAAGCAGGGCCUUCUCGACAUCCAAUGUCUCUCGUCCACGACCGCGUACACUGCCGGUGAUGCGCUGCGUGAGCUCGAUGCCAUGCAGGUUCUCAAUGCCGAGAACCCGUUCAUUCUUGUGCACAACCCCAUCGUCUCCAACUACGACAUUUCACAGAUGGUCGACGCGCACAAGAAGCGUCGUGAGGUCGACAAGAACGUCAUCAUGACCAUGGGCGUCGGCCGCGGCGGUCGCCAGCACCCCGAGUCUCCCAUCAUGCUGGUGCACCCUCCUUCCUCGCGCCUCCUCUCCUAUUCCCUCAAUCCCAUCUCGCCCCGCCGCCACCGCGUCACAUUCGCAUCCAGCCUCUUCCUCGACCCCUGGCCCGCAACCAUUGAUGAGUAUGAGGUGUGGUCGGGAUCCUCAGCCUCGUCUUCGCGUGGUGGAUACCGCGACCUUGGCAUUGACAUUUGCGAGGCCGAUGUUCCCGCCCUGUGCACCGAGAACUUUGACUACCACGACCUGAGGAGGCACUUUGUCAACGGUGUCCUCACCAGCGACCUUCUCGGCAAGAACAUCAACGUUCACCUCGUUGGUGAACAGACUGCCACUGAGGAGGGCAAGCCUCCACGCAUGCAGGGUGGCCGCUAUGUUGAGCGUGUGAGGGAUACGCGCUCGUACGGCGAAAUCACCAACGACAUUCUUCGUCGCUGGGUCUUCCCCCUCGUGCCCGACAUUCUGUUCUUCACUGCCGAGUAUGAGCUCCGCCGCGGAAACGUCUACGUCUCGCGUGAGAACGUUCUCCUCUCGCGUACAACGGUGCUCCAGGGACCCCUUCUCAUUGCCACUCGCUGCACUCUGUCGCACAACACCCUCAUUCAGGGCUCCACCCUUGGCACCAACUGCUCGGUUGGCCCCAACUCGACCAUUCGCACGUCGUACGUUUUCAACGAUGUGCGGAUAGGCGCACACUGCAACAUCGAGGAGUGCAUUAUCGGCGAUGGCGUUGUGAUCGGCGACGAUGUGACCGUUGGCAAGGGUGCCCUCAUCGGCAACGGCGUCAAGAUUGGCAACGGAGUGACCAUUCCCGAGUUUGCGCGUAUCGGCAGGGUGCAGUACCGCGACGACGACUACGACUCGGACGACGGCUCGGACGAGGAGGAGGAUGCCAAGAGCCACCGCCUUGCUGUUCUUGGCCCCGACUCGGUUGGCUACAUUUGGCCCAACGAGGAGGAGGAGGAGGCCUCUGACUCGGAGGACGAGGGCGAGGACCCAUACGAGCACCCCCGCAACAAGCGCUUGUUGCAGCUCGGUCGUCGUAUCUCCAACCUCACUGCUUCCACCGCUUCCCUCUCCACUUUGUCUGUCGCCUCCACCACACCUCCCGACUCUCCUGUGUCCAUGGCCUCGUCGGACGACCUCGAGGGCGUUGCGCACCUCAAGCUGAACGACGGCCCUCCCGUUGCCUUCUUCUCCGAGGCUCGCUCGUCGCUCGCUCGCGCCUACCUGGAGGACCACUCCAUCCCCAACGCUCUGCUCGAGCUCAAGACCCUCGUGAUGGGCUACAACUCGGGUAUCGACCUUGCCCGUGAGGAGGUGGUCAACUUCUUCAUGAGCAAGUGCCCCACCCAGGGCGGUGCUGCCAAGAUCCUGGGCGAGUCCACCAAAAUCUGGGAGCGCUGGGGCGGCAUGGCCUCGUCCUUCUCUCGUGACGCAGCUGAGGUGGCCAUCGCCGUGCAGACCUUCUGUGUCCGUAACCCCGAGUACGCUCCCUGGUUUGGUGUUUACCUCCGCGCACUCUACGACGGUGACCUCGUCGACGAGCCCAGCCUGAUCGAGUGGCGCUCGCUGAGCACUGCUCGCGGUGAGGGUGCCAAGGAGUCUGAGCGCGAGGCGUUCAAGGAGCUGUUUGCCAAGGGCAAGCAGUACGUCGACGUCCUCGAGCAAAUGGAGAGCGACAGUGACGAGGAUGACGAUGAUGAGGACGAGGACAGCGAGUAG